AUGGCAGGUUCUGCCGAACCGAGCAGGGAUCCUCAAGCCCCACCACGAAUCGAGCUGGUGAAUACCUGUCCCUCUCCCCAGCAGAGGACCUGCGGACCUGCUCCUCACUGCUCCUCCACGACGCGCUGCUCAUUUCUGGAAGCUUCGGAUCCAUGUGACAGCCCGGUCCGGAAUGUCCCCUCCCCUCCGCCCUUCCCUCGGCCACCUACCCCGACCCCUUCCUUAAAGACAAGAGUCCGCCUAGAUCCAAUGUCUCCUCCAGGACGCCGCCUCCCGCAGCUCCAACCGCCCGGGCCCGACGCCGCGCUGCAGGGGGACCAGGUCUGGACCGAGGCUGCCGUGCGGGUCGUGAGCCGCCCUCCCCUCCUCGUCGGCCUCCGCGGCGAGCGGCCCAGCGCGCCCCCAGCUCCCGGGGACCCCCUGCCCCCGGCCCGCCGGCGCCGUGACCUGGCCCGGCGCGGAUGCAGGCGGCGACUCCGCGAGCGGCGGGCGCGGCCCGGGUCGCCGCCGCGCUCGGCUCCGCUCGGCUCCGCUCGGCUCGCUCCGGCCCGGCCCGGCCUUCCGCGCGCGGGCGUCCCGCCACCACUACCGCUCCCUACCCGGCGAGGCCGUCGCCCGCCCCGGUCCUGCCCUCUCUGGCCACCCGACCUCGCGGCCCGGGCCCCGCCCGGCAUCGGACGAGGAGCCGGCGGGCCUGAGGCGGCACAGCCCGAGGCCCCGAGGCCCCGAGCACCGGCGCGCGGUACCCGGCCACCGCCCCCCACCCGGGGACCGCGCGUCUGCCCCUCACCUGGGCACCCCGAGACAGGCGAGGCGGGCCGGCACCCAACACCAUGCCCGGCCGGCGGCGGCAGCGAGACGCGGCCCUCACAGCCGCACCGGCUCCCGGUGGCGGGACCGGAAGUGGCGGGGCGGGGACUCCGUGGCUCUAGCUGGCGGCGGCCGCUACGGCAGCGGGCGCUUUAA